AGUUGUAAAUUAGGUUUUAAAAAGUAUUUUUAUUCUCUGAUAUUGCAGAGUGUAGCAACAGAACGGCAUUAAACAAUAAAACAUUUAAAUAAUGUGGUAUUUCUGUCUGCAGCAUAUAUAGACGCAGGUGAAAUCGGAGAGGAAAUGCGACGUUCACUAUAUAUAAUGGAUAAAUAUCGUAUGGUAUCUACAUAGAACACCAACCACGUAGUGAAUUUUCUAUAUACACUAAUGUCGAAAUCACAAUCUUCGAGCGGUUUUGCGACUCAACUCGCGCCUUCGUUGCAAAAUGAAGGGCAAAUGGAUGAGUUGGUCCUGCAUUUACAUAUGCCCAACAAAGGCAUGCGGCCUAUUAAUGUCAACGAGGCAAAUGAUACUGUGUUGCACGUUAUUGAGCGUGCUGUGGGUAGUUUAAUACCAGGCCAUAUGCCGAAUCCACAUUUUUACGCUCUAAGGUUAAAUAAUGUUGUAACAAAAGAAAUAUUAUGGAUGACGAGGUCAACGGGGAUGAAUCAAGUUAUAAGAUACAUAUGGUACCCGAUUUGUCCAAAUCUCGAGUGUUCCAAUUAUGAUAAUGCAAAAGUCAAAAGUAGCAAUAGAAAUUCGGUAAAUAGUGUUUGGCGAGCUGAGCUACGGAUACGUUACAUUCCAAAUAGUUUGGCGGAGUUUUAUGAGGAAGACAAAACAAGUUGUUUAUAUUAUUUUGAUCAAGCAAAGCAAGAUUAUGUUUUAUCUGAUCCCACAAUCGAUGUCGAUACGGCGAUACAGUUAUGUUGUUUGGGUAUACGGCAUUAUUUUAAAAAUACAAUUAUCAAAGCGCCUGAUAAAAAACAUCAUAUUGACUAUGUUGAGAAGGAAAUUGGUUUGAAUUCUUUUCUUCCAAAAUCUGUGAUAAGUUCAGUAAAGCCAAAGAAUUUGAAAAAAUUAAUUCAAGCUGGAUACAAGAAGGUGUACAAUUUAACGGACAUUGAAUACAUAACCAAAUUUUUUGAUAUUUUACAAACAUGUAAAAUUAAUGGGUACGAAAAGUUUUCAGUAACAUUAAGCUCAGCAUGGAAUAUAUCUGGCAUAUUAUAUAUCGGCCCACAAAUCGGCAUUUCCUACCAAACUCAUCCACAAGCAGACCUGACUAGCGUCGCAACAUUCAAAGACAUUAUAAAAAUCGUAACACUUGCUAUACCCAGGGAUAAUGUAAGCAACCAAUCUAAGAAACCAUUUGCAAACUCGGCAAAUGUAGAGGAAAAAUACAAUCCAUGCAAAUGCUGGGAAGUGAAGACUCAACUUAGAAUAACAACAAGAAGCAAUGAUGAAGACUUAGUAAUAACUUGUGAUGGUAUAAAUACGGCUGAAAGCAUUGCAGAUCUUAUUGAUGGAUAUUGUUGCUUAAUUCAUGGCAGUAGUUAUGUUUCUAUAUGGGAACGAAACGAUGUUAAUACUUUAAACAGUUUAAAUAAUGGUUUAAAGGCAUCCACCUCGGCUUUAAAGGAAAAACAAAAUAACGGUAUAAGCAAAGCAAAGAAUAAUAUCGAAGAUUCAACGGAUGGUGGUGCAACAACACAACCCUGCGCAAAACCAAAGCCGACAUUAACUGAAGAUUAUGCUGAAAUAGGCUUAAUCGAUGAUGAGGGAGACUACUCAACGCCAACUGCUCGAAAUUAUGAAUUAGAAAGAUCUCAGAUAAAUCUCAAUGAAAAAAUUGGCGUUGGACAAUUUGGUGAUGUUCAUAUAGGCACGUACUUUCCGAAGGCUAAGAAAAAUACCAAACUCAAUGCAUUGGGCAACAUCGAAAUGAAGUCGUCUGUAAUUCAAGUGGCAGUUAAAACGUGCAAAGCCAGCGAUGAUCCACAAAAAAUGGAACAAUUUCUAGAGGAAGCAUAUAUUAUGCAAAAAUUCGACCAUCCGCAUAUAAUACGGCUGAUUGGUAUAUGUAGUGAGACACCUAUCUGGAUUGUUAUGGAGCUAGCGCGUCACGGAGAGCUCAGGGCAUAUUUAAAGGCCAACAGCAAGAAGCUUAAGCGUGGCACUUUGCUUCUUUACUGCUACCAGCUAUCCACAGCUUUAAGUUAUUUGGAAUCUAAGAAGUUCGUACACAGAGAUAUUGCGGCACGGAAUGUGCUUGUCAGUUCACCAACUUGUAUCAAGCUUGCUGAUUUCGGUCUUUCUCGUUGGGUGUCGGAUCAAUCGUACUACCAUUCAAGCAUGUGCAUUUUGCCAAUAAAGUGGAUGGCGCCAGAGUCCAUCAACUUUCGAAGAUUCACAAACGCAAGCGAUGUCUGGAUGUUUGGUGUUUGUGCGUGGGAAAUACUUAUGUUGGGUGUUAAGCCAUUUCAAGGUAUCAAAAAUAGCGAUGUAAUUACUAAAUUGGAAAAUGGCGAACGAUUGCCGCUACCGAAAGAUUGCCCGCCACGAUUGUAUUCGUUAAUGUCACAAUGCUGGGCUCAUGAACCAUCGAAAAGGCCAACAUUCCAGAGAAUUAAGGAAACACUUUAUGAAAUUUUAGUGGAUGAAAAAAUUAGCGAUUCAGAGACAAUGCGACGCGAAAAUCGUCGAGUCGCGGCCAUGUCAUGGAGUGGCUGUGAAGGUGAAGUACCACCAGUUAAACCAACCAGAACUCCCUUCGAAGGAGAUUCUGCGCUGCAGUCAUCAAUUGUGAGCGAAAAGAAUCAGUUAAGUCCACAAACGUAUAUUAUUGCACAAAAUCCCGAAGUUUUGGCCAGGUUAAUGAUGGAAAACGAGAAUCGCAGCAUCAAUCCAGCAGCUUACACAACACCAGCUUCGGUAUUUAAUACAUUAGCUGUAGAAAUAGAUGAAACUAAAUCAACUAAAGUCCCAAAUAGUACAGAUAUGCCAUUGAAAAUGACUAAACUACCAGCUUCCGAAUUGUUAAAAUUGGAUCCGAUUGUAAAUGAGCAAAAUUUUUCACCGUUAACGCGUUCAGCUGGUGCACAGCCACAGGGCGCAUCAUUUAAUCAAACAAUAAUCGGCAGCGAAUCAGAAACUUUGCCCCAUACCAUACAAUGUAGUUGUUUAGAUAAAUGUAAUCAUUCCUCGAAAUGCACUUUUCUUAAUGCUAUAGAUCCUACAACUGCAGCAUGCUUGCACAAUAUGGGUCCCGAAAAUCCAAAUAGUUUUCGUACAGUUGCUUCUAAUAUGCCCUGCCAGAAGCCCCAAAUUCCAAAUAAUUUUGUUUUAUAUAAUCCACAAGCGAAUAUUUACGAUUUUCAACGCAUACGAACAGAUCCAAAGAUUACAAAAUCUGAGUUAUUACGAAGAUGCAAUCCUCAUUCCUAUGGCAGUUUAGAAAGAAAUCAAGAUAAUUUCAUAAUUGGCACAGUAAAACCAAUGCAAUCCAAGGGUGGUAGCCUGGAACGUAAUCAAUCAAUUUCUACUUCAAAUAAUUUUAUGCGCGAUUGGGUUCAACGUAGUAGUAGUUUAGAAAGAGCGACACCAUUAGACACAUUUCAUUCUCAAACGGCAAAGGCAAAUUUAUCAAAUAGCUUAGAACGAAAUAUUUCAUAUCGCACAUAUCGUAAUCAAAUGAAAAGUUCAAUGGAAACGGAACCAUUACAAGAAGAAAUUUAUGAUUUUGGUGGCAGCAACGUGAAAUCGUGUGCUUCAAGUUCUCUCAACCGCAAUCGCACUUUUGAUAUGAUUCCACGUAGUAUGUUGCCACAACGGGAUUUGAUCGGGAGUUGUAAAUCUCAGCCCAUCGUCGAACAAUUUGAUCCGAAAGUCUCACCCAACUCUACAUAUACGCCAAUGGCGCCUGGUAGCAAGGCUUUCACAUCUAGCUAUGAUAUAGGCAAGGACUUUAAUACAAUGCCCAAGCAGUGCCCCUAUCCACUUAACGAGAAUUGCGAAUUAAAAGCAACCAAAUAUACAGAUAAUGUUAAUUUAGCGCAGCAAAUAGCAGGUACAAGCCUGGAAGGCGGUCACACUGCUGAGUGUCAACUAGGCGCACAGAAAAAACGCCUAAGUCUUGCAACAUCAAAUUCGGACUUAAAUGCUAUGGGCUAUUUUAAUUCCAAUCAUGGGCCAUCAAGUUUACCAGAGUGUUCACCAAGUAUUAGUAAUUCCCUAGGAGCUUCACGUCCCCACACCCCAGACUCCAAGCUUGACGCACUGAAGAAUAGCACAUCCUCAAUAGAAAAUUGUAACGAUACACCAAGUGAUUCAAGGCCAAAUAAUGAUGUACCAUCAUCGAAAUUAACUGGUAGUAGCGGCAACAAGCCACGUAUGACAAUCGAUCGCAGCAACGACGAAGUCUACAUAGCCACCACAAAUGUGGUUAAGGCAAUAAUGACACUUUCGCAAGAUGUAGAAAAGUCAAAUGCCAAUAACUAUUUGCAUUUAGUAAGGAAUGUUGGAAUUGAACUGCGUACGUUACUGGCAUCCGUGGAUAGGCUGUCACAGGUUUUCCCAACGCAAGCGCAUAGAGAGGUUGAAAUGGCACAUAAGGUGCUAUCGAAGGACAUGCAGGAUUUGGUGGCAACAAUGCGACUCGCACAACAAUACAGUGACACCACACUUGAUAGUGAAUAUAGACGCAAUAUGCUGUCUUCAGCGCAUAUACUAGCCAUGGAUGCGAAAAACUUAUUUGACGUAGUGGAUUCCAUUCGCAGGCGGCACGGCAUCUUUUCACCACCAUCUGCGCCAUUACAGGAACGCGCUCGUUCCAAUCCACUAUCUUCAUCUGUGGGCGAUUCUACGGAUUUUGUGGCGAAGACAACCAGUCAUGCAAACGUACUGAAUGAAGAGACAACUGUAACUCUAACCGAAGAUGGUUAUCAAGUAAUGUCCAACAGUAAAUUUCAAAAUUUCAACAAUUUAGUAGCCGAAAAAGACAAACUUGAUGUGGAACUGACACAGCAACAAUCAAACAUGGGGAAUCUGCAUUUGACAACCCAAGUAAAUAACGACGGGGUUGUGAGAAGGUCCAACCUCGCAUUUGAGCAUAUUAUGCAUAAUACGAAUGAACAACUACAAAUUGUAGAACAUACAGAUAGUUCUGAAUUCGAUCAUUUAUAUUCGAACACUAAUAUUGCUUCACAAAAAAGGUGCAACUAAUUUACAUAUGUAUGUGUUUAACGCUAGCAGAAUAAAUAUUUAUAGUCAAAAAAGUACUUUACAUACUCGUACAUACAUAUAUGUAAUCCCUACAUAAGAUUAACAUAUGUAUGUGCAAAGAAAAAAAAAACACAAAAAAACAAUUUAUACAAUAUUUAUAAUUUUUUAACGAAAGAAAAAAAUGUUAUUAUUUUCACUUACCUACUAGUUUCAAAGCGAAGACAGUCUUGAAAAAGAGAAAAAUUAUAACAUUGCAUUUUUGAAUACAAAGGCAUUGAAUAAUUUAUAAUUUAUAUUUAUUUAAGAACCUAUAUAUAUAUAUUGUUUUCCACUAAAGAAAUUUUCAUUAACGAGUUGUCAUAGGACUGCAUAUUUAUUCAUUAACAAUUUGCUGUGACUACGAAAUUUCAAUUAAAAAUUAAUAAUGUUAAUGUUUCUUUUGUUUUUAUAAAUUUAUUAAAAAAAAAAUUUUUUUAAUUGGACGUUUUGAUUUCGUUCUUUAAUUAAAUUUAACACAAAACUCAAUGUUGGUAAACAAUUGCAUUUUUAACCGCUUUUAACCAUAACAAAUUUUGUUUUGUUUCAUUGGAUUUUUUAAUUUUGUUUAGACUUAGUUCCUUAACACAGAUAGGCUCGGAUAUAUUAUUUUUAAGAUGUAGUAAAUAUUACAGAUUAGCUCUUAAAGACAAAAUCGUACCUCUUUUAUAUCGAUGGAAUUUAGAAAGUAAUGCCAUCAGGGCAGAAUUGACGUUUUCAAAUAGAAAACAAAUGUUCGCAUAAGAGCGACUCGACACCGGAUAGUUGGGGGCAGUUGAUUUGUUAUAUUCGGUCAAGAGUUUUAUCACGGAUUCAUCGCCUUGCGCGUGUACUGGUGCGUGACAUUUGUUGUUAGCCCCGAAAUAUGUAGCUUGGAGCACAGGUAUUCGAAUAAUGAACUAUUCGAAUUAUUUGAAACGAAUAGUAUUAUUCGUUUUAUUCGAAUAAUGUUUAUUCGAAUAUUAUUCGAAAAUAAUCCCACCCCUAAUGCUUAUCGGUUGGUGCCUUUGAAUGGCUUUUCUAAUAAAAAAAAAUUCUAAGAAAAAUCUAUCGCCAUUAAGAGGUGCCCUACAAUUUUAGAGCCCUCAAUUUAAAAAUCAAUACGUACAACCAAUCUUGCAGGCAGAAGAAAGUGUUAGCCUACUAAAAAUCUUCCUUUAUGGUUCUUAAUUUCUAUCUAGCGAUUGUGGACUCAACUGCUUUGUUUACUUAUAACCAAAAAAAACUAAAGCGCGAGAGACCAAUUCGAUUUAUCCUUAUCAACGCAUAUACAAUGAAUGUGGUGAACAACGGAACGUCAUUAACUGCAUGAUGCAUCGCUAAUCGACCGACUUCAGAAUCUAAUUAAAAGAAAUCGUAGAGAUCUUUAUUUUUCCAUAAGAGCAUUUAAAACGUUUUUCCGUCCCUAAAAAGCUGAAUCUAUAAGUACAUACAUGUGCAUAUAAGGAAUGUUAUAUAAUUUGUGUUCACUUUUCUCCAAUUUUUUGUAUCUACAUAGGUUCAUUAAUUGCGAUUCCAAAUAAAAAAGCUCUGCAGUAAACAAAUUAAAAAUAUUACCUGAAUAUCUAUUAGCUUAAUUUUUAUUAAAUUAAAACCUCAGUUUUCAAUAUUAUUGAAUGAUGCUUUC